AUGGCCCAAACGUUGGGUGGGGAGUCAUUGGGCUUGACAUUAAUAGGCACACGACAACUCAUUGGCAAAUGUCCAGUAGUAGAGGUUAAGAUUGGGGGUGUGGCGGUGGCUUGCUUGCUGGACACUGGCUCUAUGGUGACUACAGUCACCCAGAAAUUUUUCGAGCAGCAGUUACAACCCCUUUUUCACACUGGUUUACAAUCUUGUAACUGGCUUAAGUUAAAAGCAGCAAACGGCUUGGAGAUACCAUACUUAGGAUAUCUAGAACUAGAUGUACAUCUUUUUGGCCGAACCCUGCCUAAAAUGGGUAUCCUCGUCAUUAAAGACCCAGCUGACCCAGACGCCCAGGCCCGCAAAGAUUCUGUUCCCGGCCUCCUUGGAAUGAACAUUAUCAGCAAGUGCUAUCAAGAAUUGUUUGUCGACCAUGGCAGCGCCUUAUUUCGAUCCCCUGAUGUCCGGCAGGCUGGCAGGGUGUGGCAGCAAGCCCUGUCUGAAUGUCAACAUCUUGAACGUGCCUUGGAGAGUGGCAAAGUGGGUUCUGUACGGGUGCAGCCAGGGCCAGCGAUCCAAGUGCCAGCAGGGUCCAUGAAGCUGGUUCCAGCCACUUGCCACCCAGGAUUGGGGUCCACACUUCCGUCUGCUCUUCUAGAGCCUGUAUCGUUCACUGAUGGCCAUCUGCCAGGUAACCUGCUCAUUCCAACAGCUUACCUUUCCGUCACUUGUGGCCGGGUUCAAGUGCCAGUUGUUAAUAUAGGAUGUCAAGAUCAGUGGCUUUGGCCAAAGACCGUGCUCGGGAAACUUUAUGUUGCCACCUCACCGGUUUCUGCUUCUGCCAUCAACUUUGAAAUCCAGGGAGACAGUCACGAGCAGAUAGCCUUUAUCCAGUCCAUUCACACAGGAGAACACACCGAUACAAGCUUUUCCCAGCUUACCUGGCCCACAUUGUCAGAUCAAGAACAGCAGGAAGCUCGCGGGCUGUUGGAGAAGUACAGCAAUACAUUCAGUCAGAGUGAUGGGGACUUAGGAUGUACCAACUUAGUCCAACACACCAUUCCCUUGCUGGAUGAUGCCCCUGUGCGGCAACGGUAUCGCCGCCUUCCACCUUCUCAAUAUGACUUGGUGAAAAAGCACGUCCAAGAGUUGCUAGACCAUAACAUCGUCAGGCCCAGUUGCAGUCCUUAUGCAUCACCUAUUGUGGUGGUCCAGAAGAAAGAUGGUUCAAUUCGCCUGUGUGUCGACUACCGCCAGCUCAACGCCAAGACACGUAAGGACGCAUUCCCACUCCCCAGGAUAGAAGAGUCCCUGGAUGCAUUGAGUGGAGCCAAGUGGUUCAGUACCUUGGACUUAGCCAGUGGCUAUAACCAAGUCCCAGUCAGCGAGCAAGAUCGUGAGAAGACCGCGUUUUGCACGCCCUUUGGGCUUUUUGAAUUCAACAGGAUGCCCUUUGGGCUGUGUAACGCUCCAGGUACUUUCCAACGCUUAAUGGAGCGCAUUUUUGGAGAUCAGAGCUUCCAUGCCCUCUUAUUGUACCUGGACGACAUCGUGAUCUUCUCCACCACGUUCCAACAACACCUUGAGCGCCUAGAGAUGGUAUUGACCCGACUUCAGCAACAAGACCUGAAACUGAAGCUAAAGAAAUGCCGUUUUUUUCAGACUGAGGUCAGCUACUUGGGGCAUGUGAUAUCUGCAUCAGGAGUGGCCACCGAUCCUGAGAAGAUCCGAGUGGUUGCAGAAUGGAAGAGGCCCUCCACAGUCAAAGAGCUUCGCUCCUUCCUUGGGUUCGCCUCAUAUUAUAGGCGAUUUGUGGAGGGGUUUGCAAGCCUUGCAGCCCCUUUGCAUAAGCUGGUAGGUGCCCUACAGGGUACCCGCAAGAGACCUGGGCCUCGGAUCCAGGGUUCCUUCGCACAGCACUGGACUGGAGCCUGUGAAACAGCCUUCUCAGCCUUGAAAGAACGACUGAUUCAUGCCCCCGUCCUAGGAUAUGCGGAUUUCACACUCCCAUUUAUCGUAGAGACUGAUGCAAGUAAUUCUGGGUUGGGCGCGGUAUUAUCGCAAGAGCAGGCUGGGCAGCGACGGCCAAUUGCAUAUGCCAGCCGAGGUCUCCGCCCCAGUGAAAGGAAUAUGACCAACUACAGUUCAAUGAAGCUGGAGCUUGUAGGCCUGAAGUGGGCGGUUACCGAAAAAUUCCGUGAGUACCUUCUUGGUCACAAGUUUACAGUUUACACGGACAACAACCCGCUAAGUUACCUGCAAUCAGCCAAGUUGGCGGCCGUGGAACAACGCUGGGUGUCCCAGUUGGCUCUCUUUGACUACGAGAUCAAGUACCGACCCGGCACCGCCAACCGCAAUGCGGAUGCACUGUCCCGACUGCCCUCUACCCCGGCCUCUCCAUCAGCUACCCCAGAGGUGUCUGUUCUUCCUCAAUGUUCCAUGCCAGGUGAGACCCCCGGGCUGGGCCCCCGGGUGGUUGAUUCACUGGAAGUGGGGGCUAUUGUACCCAGGGCUCCUGCCCUCCCUACGGGUGUGAUGCGAACUCAGACCCCCGGGCUGGGCCCCCGGGUGGCUGAUCCACUCAAGGUGGGUGCUAUCGUUUCAGGGGAUCCUCCCCUCCCUACAUGGGUGAUGCGCGCUGAGACCCCUGGGCUGGGCCCCCAGGGGGUCGAAUCCCUUUCAAGUGGGCUUGUCAUGCCAGGUGUUCCAGUUCCCCCGCAAUGUGCACUGAGUAGCGUGGCCCCUGGGCUGGGCCCCCAGGUGGCCAACAUCUGUGAAGUUGAAGCUGCACCAUCACGGAGUAAGAAGGACUUAAGAGUACUCCAAGCGGCCGAUCCUUGCAUUGUGGCAUUUAUGCGCUUUUGGAGGAGGAACCAUCCACCGACUGCUAUCGAAUUGAAGACCGCACCUGCUGGAGUUCGAGAGCUUGCCAGACAGUGGCCCCGAAUCAGAGAGAGAGAAGGUGUGCUGUACAGGGAAGUGCAGAUUCCCCCAUCCAGAGCCCAGGUUUUCCAGCUGCUGUUACCCGCAGCUCUGCGGGGAGAAGUUCUAACUGGCCUGCACAAUAACCACGGCCAUCAAGGAGUGGACCGGACUACAGCCUUAAUCCGUCAACGGUGUAAUUGGCCCAAGAUGUGUCAGGAUAUCAAGCGGUGGUGUGACGAAUGUCAACGUUGUACAGUAGCAAAAGCUACCCAACCCAGAGUUAGAACAUUUAUGGGCAGUCUUCUGGCUACCAGACCCCUGGAGAUUAUAGCAAUUGACUUCACCAUCCUUGAUCGGGCCAGCAGCGGGCAGGAGAACGUUCUGGUGGUGACAGACGUAUUUUCCAAGUUCACACAGGCGUAUCCCACCCCAGAUCAAAAAGCCAAGACUGUUGUGAAGGUGCUGGUGGAGAAAUGGUUCUAUAUCUACGGGGUACCACAGCGGAUCCAUUCUGACCAAGGCAGGUGUUUUGAAGGAGAGCUACUGCAUCAGCUAUGUGCACUGUAUGGCGUUCAGAAGAGUCGGACCACCCCCUACCAUCCGGAGGGGAAUGGACAGUGUGAGCGGUUUAACCGCACUCUCCACGACCUCUUGCGGACACUGCCCCCAGACAAGAAAAGAAAAUGGCCCCAACUGCUCCCACAGCUUCUUUUUGCCUAUAACACCACAGUGCAUCACUCCACCCAACACUGCCCGUAUGAAUUGAUGUUCGGGCAGAAGCCUCGGCUCCCCGUGGACCAGUUACUUGGUGUCAUAGAAGAUCCCCCCUACGCCAAUACAGCUGACUGGAUGGGGCAACACAAAGAACAUCUGUUGGCGGUGUAUAGUAAUGCCCGGGAAAAGCUGGAAGCUGCUGCAGUCUACCGGAGACGAGACCAUGCUGACCCCGCCCCCAUCCUGUCAAGAGGCACCUUGGUGUACUGUAAGAACCACUUCCAUGGUAGGCACAAGAUACAGGACAUCUGGAGUUCUACAGCCUAUGAGGUGUUGGAAUGCUUGGAUGAGGUGGGCACCCUUUACAAGAUCAAGCCCCUGGGUGACGGCGGCCCCUGCAAAGUCUUACAUCGCACCGAGAUAAAACCAGUCCCAGGUGGGACAGAGGGCAGGCAAACAGAGGCAAUCCACCACCCUCCGCCGGUGCAUGGAGCCGUUGGUACCCCAUCCCUAGUGGCUGAUGCCACUCAUCCUCCAUCUCCAACAUACAGGGAGGUUACCACCCCAGAUGACUCCGAGGACGACAGCAUUUGGAGAGUAUCCAUCACAUCGGCCAGACCAAGUACCAUAGGAAGCCACGACCCUCUGCCGGGCCUCAGAGGCGAGAGUUUACCGAGUGGUUCCACUCGAGCAAGCAAUGCGAGUCCACCCCUGCCCCCAGUGGAACAGUUGGUUAUACCACCUACAGAGGGAGAAUUAGGUAUGGAUCCCAUGUCACCAGAACCUGUAGAUUCCCCCCCUGUGCAGGCAUCUGGUAGCCCAGCUAGGAGCCCUAUACUCAUGUCUACCCUUAGACGUUCGAGACGCUGUACAGCUGGGCAACACUCUAAUCCCUUUCACCUACCACAGUCUGCCUCCAACUCAGGGUCAGGUACAGUGUAG